GCGUUUAGAUGUUUAGAGUGGUGGAUAAAAUUAUUAUCAGUUCCUUCUUGCAAUGAAAAUUUUGUCGUUAGUAUUAGGGCAAUACGUGAAAUUUUUCCCUUUUUUAUUGCCAACGUUAUUUUAUUUAAACUACAAUUUAAUCCUUUGUUUUAAAUAAAUGUAUAGACAAUCGUAAUUCCGGAUAAAUGAAUUGAAAGCUGCGGGGUCCUAGAUAAGUGUUCGAACAAACACAAAUUCAGGAAAGUUCGAUGGAAAAAAUGUCUUGCUCAAGUAUUGUUUAAAAUGUUUUAAGUAAUUAAUAUAAAUUGGAUAUAUUCAAGAAUUUGAAACAAUGGUUUCAACAAGGCAAAUGACAAUAGGGAACAAUGGAGCUGGUGAAAGUAACCAGUCCACUAGUGAAGGACCUGCAAAAUUUACCAGAAACAGCACAAGUACGACAACUACACUUGCUGGUUGCAGUAGUUCUAUGCAAUACAGCAGAGUUCCUUCAUCACCUGUGCAAUCAACAUACCUUCUUGAUUUACCUCAAGAAAUUAUAGAAAAAAUAUUUAGUUACUUAAGAUUUAAGAAUAUCUGCCAAUUAAGAUUGGUGUGCCGUACUAUAAACCGCAUAUGCGAACAAAUUCUUAAUUCUCACUUUUUACGUCUACAAAAUCAAAUGCUUCAAAGGUUUCAAGAAAUCAAAGCCAAAAUGCCUCGAAGGGAGUCCGCUAGACGUAGUCAUCAUCUUGCCUGUGAAAGUGACAUCAUAGAAACUUUACAUAUGCGUUUGACUCUUUUACAAAUGUCUUUCGGAAAGCAUAUUGAAAGAAAACAUUGUUGCUUUUUUCCAGGAGAUAUUUUAGAUGAAGUGAACGACAUUUUACAUUAUAUUAAAGUUACUCCCAAAUUAGACCUGCCUUAUAAAGUUACUGACGAAAUGUUUGAUUUGUCCACAAUGGCCAUGGAGUACUUUAAAGAAAAAAUAGAACCAAAUUUGCCAGAAAUUGCUUAUUUUAGUUCUGAUUUUUUGAGUUUUCCGGGAAGGUUCACUAAUUCUUCUUCUCUUUUGGCGGAAACAUCUAAAGAUAGUGGCCAUGCAUCUACUGAUGAAAUAGAAAGCGGAGAAGAUAUGGUUGAGACAAUUCCACAGUCUAAUAUGGUACUACGUAAACGUAUUAGAAAAAUUAAACAAGGUAUGAAGCGUUACAAUAGUCAACUUAGUUUGUUGCGACAGGAUCUGAGGUCAUGUAAAAAGAAAACAUCUGAUCAACAAAAACAGAUAUCGGAGCAACAGAAACAGCUUGCUGAUCAACAGAAACAAACUCUUGAAUACGCUACUCGUUUGGAUGACUAUGAUAAGAAAAAUGAAGAAAUCUCUCGUAAGUUCAGUACAUUGCUUCAAGAAUUGAAUAAAUGCAAAACGGAGUUGCAAUAUUGGCGAUGUAGAUCUCCAACUACUCCGCCAUUUUGUAAUAAUUGUGGCAAUGCUAUUGGUCCACAACCAGAAGAAAUUCAAGCUUUAAUGAAUCAAGGGGUGAAUCCGGAGGGAUUAGGUAUAGAAGUAAUAUCUGACUCAGGUAAUUUGGAACAUCCAGAAUGCUCUAAAGCUAUUGAUGAAGAUCUAAAAGCCACUGAGAAGAAAUAUGUAACUAUAGACCAGCCAAGUACGUCAGUAGAUACGCUUCCUUCUAAAACAAAGAGAAAGGUAGAUGAAGAAAUUGAGGAACAGCCAAUAAAGAAAACGCGAAGGUUUUCAAAGAUACGUAGUAAACGCAGUGCAAAGGUGAGAGAUCCAACUCGUGGAAUUUGGAAUUAUUUAAAGAAGUUUAUAGAACGUUUUAUAAGGUUCAUUUUCCAGAAUCUCACCCAUUGAAUUUGCAGACAAGAGACAGAUUCGACUGCAGUAUUUUUUACUCUUGUUAUAGAUUCUUCUAGAAAUUUCGUUUAAAUAAAAUCCGGCUGCGAAAUUCGUUUUAUCGAAAAUGUAUUUCUUCUUCUACACUUUUCUAUCAAUUCAUAAUAAUGCUCAGGUUUGUAGUAGUUAAUUUUUUUUUAUUUUCAUUUCUAUAAAACCCAAAUCACAGUUAUUCGGCAGAAAGGAAUGACCCGAUACCAAAAAUUUGUGGUCUACCAUUUCAUUAUUAUUAUUUGAUGACUGAGGAAUUUUCCUCCCUGCUAAUGCUACUUUUUAUUAUGUGUAUUUGAGUUGUCAAUAUGCGCUAAAAUGCAUGAAUCUACUUCCUGUGCACCCCUUGAAGCUGUAAUUUAAUCGCAUAAAUACAUCUUGACAUUGUCGUCAUGGAAAUUAUGGAAACCCAAGUUGUAAACGUACAUAUUUCGCUUAUUAACGAAAUAGUUUCUUUUGCUUUUUUCUGGUCUUCUGCAAGACAGUUCUUCGGCAUUUUGUAAAAUUGCAUACUGAUUUUUCCUUUCAGUAAAUUACAUACUGAUUUUUCCUUUCAGUAAAUUACAUUUUUGGCAUGUGUAUUUUCGAGGAGCAUGGAAAUUUGAAUUAAAUUCAGUAUUUAAUAGUUUCCUGUAAAUCCAUCGAGGCAUCUUUCCACGAAGAUCAGUUCCAGUUGUUUCAGUAUUCAGAGCACGAGUUAACCGCCGUACAGAAAUUUUAUAGGUGACUAAAAAAUUUUCCGCAAACCGACACUUCUGACUUAUUAUUAUUGACAGAAAAUAUUUUUAACUGCAUUUUCUUAUGUCUUUCUCACAGAUAUAGAUUCUGGGUUAUAAAAUCUUUUAGUUUCCAAAAAUUAUCAAAAUUAGAUUUUAUUUCAUUAUAUUCUACGCGAUCUGAACAUUUUUUUGAACAAAAGUAUUCACAAGUUUUGAUUUUUUUUUGUUGUGUAUUCUUCGCCAUUAUUUCUUUUAAUUUUCUAAUACUUUGUGCGUAACUAUCCUCAUUUCUUGUCCGUUUUCUUUUCUUAUAUUUUUCUAUCUACACCAUUUGUAUUGUUUUACCUUGCACCAUAUCUGGGAUUUCUAAAUUUACAGUGAAGUCUUGUUACGAUUCAUCUGAAGAUGGUAGAUAAUUGUCUUAUUCUUUUUAUACAUAUUCCUAUAAAAAGUACGUUGUCAUUAACUUAACUAAACCCCUAUCUGUUGACAGUGGUCAAAUAUAUAAAUAUUUUCCACUAAUAAUUAGUUCCGAAGAGCACAACUGAAUUAUAUUGUUAGAUAAAUCGGAAUUAAUUGUCGUUUUUCUAUUAUUUGAUUGUUUUUUAUCGGCUUAUCAUCAUCAAAGAGGGUGUCGCGCCAAAUUUUUGACUUGGACCACUUUCAUAAUUAAUACUAAAUAACGUUGAACAAUUACAAUCACUAUUUGAAGGUUAAUUUUUGACAUUAUUGUAAAAACUCCAUUGAAUCAGUUUAAAAUAAUGUGUGGUGUGAAAUAAUUGAUAAACUCAGUUUUUUUAAGUUUUGACUGAGACCAUUUCCAUAAUUAUGGGCACACAUAUACGCAUACACUAUAAAUCAAAAGAGUUGUAAAUAACACUUGAAUUUAUUGUAGGAAUUAUCACUUUUUGGAAUAUCCCAUGUUCAUAAAUUACCUUAUCAAUGAAUAUAGAAAGUACUAUCAAGCUUGGUUCAUACUGAUAUCUUGAACUCACACACAUUAAAAAGCAAAUUUUAUUCACAUUAUUUCUAUUUUCAAUACGCAAUAUUAUAUGAAAAAUUUAUGCAGUUCAUCUAAUUCUAUUAUUAUCUGUUGAUAUUAAUUUAGUAGAAAACUAUCUUGAAGCUGCUUCCUUUUAAUGAUAUUUUUAUAUUUGUAUAGUAAUUAAUAAUUGAACCGCCUAUUGGAAGAUGGAAAUAAAUCCAAAAAUUAAUUUUGGAGAUAACUGAAAAAACUUACUAAUGUAAAUGUGUUGGAUUUAUUUCCAUCUUCCAAAUUAUCUUAUACUAUAUCGUCCCAAGCCAAAACCAUGAAUGUUCAAAACUAUAAUUUCGAGAUAAUGACUUUUAGUUUGUAAUGACAGGGAAAAAUAUGAUUUUUGUGCGAUUUUAAAUAUUUUCUGCCAUAAGUAUAAUUCGUACUGACCAAUUUAAGCAGCCUAACAAAAUUUUGGAUAUGUUUAUUUAUUUUUUUUUUUGGAAAAACAUACCCUUGUGUUUAUGCCAUUGAAAUAUUUUAAACAAAUGUUCGCUGAACACAAUAAUUAAAGUCGUUAAGUUUUCACAAACUCAAACAAGGAUUUAAACUGUAACAGUCAGCUAAUUAAAAGUAAAAAAAACAUUUUGUAACCUGAAAAUAAAAACUGAAAUGAAAUGAAAUAGGUAGCUGAUCAUUGUUGGACAUGUUUAAUGUAACUUUUCUUUGACGUCCUUUUUGGAACAAUUUACUUCCUUAAAAUCUUCAUCUAUGUAAUAGGGUCCUUGCAUACUUUUUUUUAUACCUUAAUUACGUUUAGUAUAUCGUUCUUAAUCACACACUAUUUCUUAAUUUUUUUUAAACAGUAUAUUAUUUUAUGAAAAAAAUUGAAUAAAUUUAAAUGCCUAAAUGAAUCGCCAAAACACAUUUGAUAUUACAUGAUUGAGUGUGACGUAAAAAGAAAGUAAACAGACUUAAGUGAGGUUAGAAGUAAAUACAGUUUAAACAGAGUAGUUGGGAUUCUUUUCAAAAAACACUCGCAUCGUUGUGAGUAUUUUGUAGAAUACAAGAUGUAUUGUACAAUCACUAGUAUAAAAACAAUAAAUAAAGUUUUCGUGCAAGUCCCUCGGGAGGACAAGCAACGAAAACAAUGGUUUGAAGCUAUAAGAAGGGAUUAUGCAAUUAUUAUAUUUGUGAAGACCAUUUCAAUGUUAGUUUUAUCUAUGGGUAUUAAAAAAAUGUUAACUUAUUGCUAUUUUUACUGUAGUUUGAAACAGAUUUUCAAAAUUGUAUGAUGUGGAACCUAAAAACAAUGCAAAAUAAUUUUAUUUUAAUAGUUAUUCAUUUAAUGUUUGUCAUGUCAAUUGGCCUUUUAAUUGCCAUAAACAAACAGUUUAAAAUCCUAGCAAGAAAGGAUUUUAAUAUUGCAAUUUAUAUGAAAAACCAUUAAAAUUAAAAAGU